CCGCCUUACCCCUCAACUUUUUACCGGAGAUUUUACCACUGUUACGGUACAUUUGACACGGUUUAUAUCCUCUGGAAAUGGAUGUCUGACCGGAAUAACCCGACAGUGAGUCCGUCGUGAGUUAAUUCGACCGCUGAAAUUCAUUUUUUGUUGUUCGAGUUGUUGAAGGAAGAGGGGGAAAAUGCCAGUUGCAACUCUUCUGCCUUUCACCGCGACCCCGAAUAGGAAGUCUGCCAGCCCGACCUCUUUCAGGUUGACAGAGAAAUUUAUUUUGUUAUUAGUCUUCAGCGCUUUUAUCACCCUGUGUUUCGGGGCCAUUUUCUUCCUACCGGACUCGUCCAAGCUGCUUAGCGGAGUUUUCUUUCAUUCCUCCGCGGUGGAGACCAACACCCGCACCGGUCCGGACAGCAGCGACCCAGGUUCGGCUGGAAACGACGAGAGGGUCCUGGCCAAAAUCAGGAAAGACCACGAAAAAGCUCUAUUAGAGGCCAAGGAUACUCUGCAGAAACGGCCCGACGAGAUAAAACAAGACAUUUUAAAUGAGAAGAACAAAGUUCCGAGGGAGAGUAUGGGUCAAGGUGGGAAGGAUGUCAAUAAUUUACCUUCCGUUGAGUACCACCGCCCGCCGGGGGCGACUGGACACGAACCUGUGGACCCCGAAACCAAGGAGAGACGGGCCAAAAUCAAAGAGAUGAUGAAACAUGCGUGGGACAGCUACAGGCGCUACGCCUGGGGUUCCAAUGAGCUCAGGCCCGUCUCCAAGCAAGGCCACUCCAGCAAUCUAUUUGGCAGUAUAAAGGGAGCAACAAUAGUGGAUGCUCUGGAUACUCUCUACAUCAUGGAGAUGUUUGAAGAGUUUGAGGCUGCUACGGACUGGGUUGAGAAAAACCUCGACUUUAAUGUGAAUGCUGAAGUGUCUGUGUUUGAGGUGAACAUCCGGUUUGUUGGAGGUCUGCUGUCCGCCUACUACCUGUCUGGGAAAGAGGUAUACCGUAGAAAGGCGGUGGAGCUGGGUGAAAAGCUGCUGCCUGCCUUCAAAACGCCCACUGGCAUCCCCUGGGCUCUGCUUAACCUCAAGAGUGGUAUUGGUAGGAACUGGCCCUGGGCAUCAGGCGGCAGCAGCAUCCUGGCAGAGUAUGGCACGCUGCAUUUGGAGUUCAUGCACCUCAGCAAGCUCUCAGGGAAUCCUGAGUUUGCACAGAAGGUAAUGAACAUCCGGAAAGUACUAAAUCGCCUGGACAAACCCCAGGGGCUGUACCCCAACUACCUGAACCCCAACAGCGGCCAGUGGGGCCAACAUCAUGUGUCCGUGGGUGGCCUAGGCGACAGUUUCUAUGAGUACCUGCUCAAGGCCUGGCUGAUGUCUGACAAGACUGACGAGGAGGGCAAGAAGAUGUAUUAUGAUGCCCUGCAGGCAAUAGAAACCAACCUGAUGAGGAAGUCGAGCGGUGGGCUGACCUACAUAGCGGAGUGGAAGGGAGGGCUGCUGGAGCAUAAGAUGGGUCACCUGACCUGUUUCGCAGGCGGCAUGAUCGCUCUGGGUGCUGAUGGGGCGCCCAGCGACAAGACGGGCCACCAGAUGGAGCAGGCUGCUGAGAUCGCCCGGACCUGUCAUGAGUCUUACGCCAGAACAGCUUUGAAGCUGGGCCCAGAGGCGUUCCGUUUCGAUGGAGGAGUCGAGGCCAUCGCCACCCGCCAGAAUGAGAAAUACUUCAUCCUCCGUCCGGAGGUCAUAGAGACCUACAUGUACAUGUGGAGGUUCACCCACGACCCCAAAUACAGGGAGUGGGGCUGGGAGGCUGUUCAGGCCUUGGAGCAGCACUGUAAAGUAGAAGGAGGCUACAGCGGCAUCAGAGACGUCUACUCUUCAUCUCCCAACCACGACGACGUGCAGCAGAGCUUUUACUUGGCCGAGACACUCAAGUAUCUCUACCUGCUCUUCUCUGACGAUGACCACCUACCGUUCGACCACUGGGUGUUUAACACCGAGGCUCACCCUCUACCCGUCAUCAAGAAGGACAAAACAGACAUACCCAACGAAGUGGAGUAGUGGACCCUUCCCAAGUGCGAGAACCUCUGAUCCUGUAUACCUGAGCCUCCAGCUGUCUGUCUGAAAACAGUUUAGCCAUUUGGAGUCCCCAAUGGUUACAGAUGCCUCUUGAUUGGGAUUUUUUUUU